GCGCUUGCGAACUGCGCAUAUUCAAUCCUCUGCAACCGCGUGUCUUGAAGGGUAUCUCUUGGUUCUCUAAUACAGCUCCUCGGGACGGCUUUGUACCUGGGUUUCGACAAGAUUGAGUCUGCGCAUCUCCCCUACUCAGACACACCGCGAUGGUUUAUCAUGCCUCGUGAUUCUCCUUGCCGUGAGACGGGAAGUUGUGGCGUACCAUCCUUCCGCAGGUGUGACCUUGCGCCGACAAAGCUGUCGCGCUCUCGAAGUAACCUGUGGCCACUGGGAAGGUUUCAAGGAGGACUUUCCCACCUCGGAGCCGCGCCGUUGAUCAAUGCCAGCCUCGCAUAUGGUUUCGACUUUGGCUUGGGCAAUGGGAAGGGUCCAACCGGUGUCUGGUUUCUUGCGGAGCAUCCCCACGACCUCGCUGAUGAGUGUUUCAUCGAAGAUGAUCAUCGAUGCCGCGAUAGGGCGUCUGUGGCUGUGGGUGGGGUGACCUUGCUUUCCUUGGACACAGUCAACAGAUUCUGCAGGAUGCUGUCAGCGUUGGAGAUGACAGCUUUCUGAUGGCGUUGCAGCACCAAGGCAAUUGGUACGGGCAUAGCCAGGAAGGGACAUCAUGGAAGAUGGCAUUUUGUGUCUGGUGGUACGGCCUCCGCUGCCCAAAAGUUUCUUCCUGUGGCCAGAGCCGUUGUUGAAGGUAUGCGACAAUUACUUCAGCGCUUGCGUUGCAUCGUCGAAUGGCAUGACUCGGUGGGGGACUCUGCUGUCGAGUGUGGCCACUUCUCAGAUCAUUGGCGGCGGCCAGACCGACAAAGGUGACAGAGUCAAGGCCGCCUGACUAUGGAACACAAUAGACAGAGGGCUUGGGAGAGGCAGGCCACGCCGAGAGCUGGCCGCGCAAGACAUGCUCAUCCGCCGGCGCAACGGGAGGUUGGAGACAUGAAGAUGGCGAUCAAUCAGCUACAGCAUCAAGCCGGGCCUGUCAUUCUCAGCAGAACCAUCAACUUCUUUGACCGCUUCUCAUGCAAAUCGACGCGCUGAUUGACCCAAUGGUCGGUCCGCACCUCAUCCAAAAGUCCGCCCGUCUGACAGAGCAUUACAUGGUCUGAAAAUCCACGCGGGCCGAGUUUCUGUGUCCUCGUCCUUCGACGCUGAUGUUCUCCAGCAACGCUGUGUGGCGAUUGAGAAGCCUCUCACGGACUGGGUCAUGGAUUUGGUGUCAUUCCGAGAGAUUUUGGUUGCCACCCGCCCUGAAGAAGCUCCGGCUCUCUGUGCCCCGAUCACCGACUCAGCCCACUGCACACAUCAAACAGGAACAAGGUCAGGGCCCAAGAUCGGACAGACAAGCGUCCUGUACAGUGAGGAUCUCCGGAACACUAACCGGUUGAGAGAAUUGAUCUGGUUCCGAAAGUCCAGUCUUCUGGAGACGAGCGACUCCCCUCGAGAAGAGCAUCCACCGUCUGGGAAAGGCGUCUUGCGGGACGUGUUGAGCACUCACUCGACUGUGAAGGCGGGUACGCGACUGCGGGGCAGAACUGCAUGUCUUUCCGCCUGGGGUCAGGCAUCCCCCGAUCUUGUUGGACUCAUCUGUCUGCGUUCCCAGAUCUAUCGUCCUUACAGGGAUAUAGCACAUUGUCACGCAACACCGCCCUAAUCUCAAUCUUGUGCGGUAUGAAGAUCAUCGCAGCACACAACGCUGAGAGAGGAACCCAUUUGAUCUGGCCAAGGAGGGGCCCUGCUCUUGACCCCCGCGAAAGCGGGCAAGGUCAGAGCCGGCAUCGGUUCAGGCAUCUCCAUAUCCGUGUUGCCGGACAACCUUCAGCACCGGGAUCGACAGUGGUGGCGAUGUCGCAUACUCUCUGUCCGGCGGGAGCCCCAUGGCUCCUCGAGCACCAUGCCAUACUCGAGCUGAGUCGUGCUAGGCCGACUCGUGUGCAUUGGUGUUUGGAUCGUGGUUUGUUUGAGCCCAAUCGCGUCUCCAUUUCGCUCCUCGCCUGCCAAGAUCCCGUUGUGUAGUUCUCCUUGACUUUCGACCAUGGAGAGACCAAGUCCGACGCGUCUCCAGCGCUGAACGAGAGCAUGGAAGUCGAGGGCCGUGGCAGUAUCGGGAGACUGCUCAAAAAAGGAGAGAUUUACAACUUUGAUAUAGUGUCAUUACAUUAACAUAACAGCCGCACGAGGUUGACGAGGCUGAAGAUUCGAUCCACGGCGACGUUACGGCCUCCUGGCUCUGUUCUUUGCCGAUUUUCUCUCGGAGAAUGAGGCGCGCGACAUGCAGAGCCAUUUCAGGUGUCCUGGAAAUCAUUCCGCGCGAUUCUGAUCACUCCUUACACCGCGCUCAGCAGAACGGCACGCUGUGCGGAGAGACGUGUGGCCCUUCUGGGUCGUCCCGUGCAAGGCCCAGCCAGAGCUUGGUACUUUCGGUCUCUGGAGAACGCCCAAGCGAAAUCAAGGCACCUUGUGGCCGAGGCUGCAUCAUUGUCGAGAACUGUGUGCUGGUCGUCCGUUCGUUGCGGCCUCGAGACGAGCCGGCAACAAACUGGAUUCGCUCUCGAUGAGGUGGAAGCCGAUGAACGCGAGGGCCUCGACGCGGUCCGGGUUGAUGAGUACAGCAGCGGACAGUGUACGCUUUUCGGUGAUGGCCGUCGGCUCGAAGAUCGACUCGCGCUCGAGAAGCUUGAUCUCGUCUUGACUGGAGCCACCCUCUUUUGUCGAUGUUGGUUUCUCGGAGGAGGAAGACAUUCUUGUUGAAUCGGUCGAGGUGCAGACAAACGAGAGUCACUGAGGCUGUAUGAGAAGUGAGGAUGAAAAGCAAGAGCAACACAAGCGGCCAAGUGUGAAGUGUUUUUGGAGAAAGAGCUUUUCUGAGCCAUGAGGACCUGAAUCUGCCCACCGCCAACGGUUUCGACCAGGCUCGAGCCUAAACAGUGAUGUCUGUGGUCCAGCCAAACUCUAUGCCAGGCUAGACCCAGGCGAUUUGAUAUGGGUCGUGCAGCUAUGCAUCAGGAGCCCAGUUACAACGGAAGCUCGCAAACAAGGGCGAAUCUGUGAAGCGCUGGAUCACUGGUCCUCAUGCGGUCGCCAAGCUUUACUGGGAAAUCGUCGAGGUAAGCCCCAAAUCAUUCUUGGAGACUGACGGAGUUCAGAUGCGCGAAACGAAGUCGAGGCCGUGACUCUCUUCCUCGAGUCUUGGCGAACCUUGCGCCAUGCCAUUCGUUGUUGCGAGCGAGUGCAACCCAACCGCGGGUGCUGUUUCCGUCCGGCUGGUCUGAGUCCGUGCAGAGAGGCAGCGCCCUUGGUGCGGGUACCGAGGACCUGGUAAAGCCUCGAGGCUAGGUCAACCAGCAGGGGGUGUGGUUUUUACCGUAACAGUCUUUAGCGUUUGCUGAUUCUUGCCGGGCCAUUGCCAUUAUCGAGGAUUGCGGCAAACGCAGCUGCUUUGGCAUCAUGGCAAAGGCGCUUCUGUUGUCGACCGCCAGCCGAAAGCAGCACAAGAGUCGGUUUCAACCGUGUGUCUGUGUUCUUCGUUGGAGAAUGGGUGAUCUCGACCGGUCCUUCACGUGGCUCUCUGUUGAGUGAGUGUAUCGAUCAAUACGGCGGUAUGCUGGGCGAUAUGGCCGUUUGCCACAGCUCAAAUGUUGUCAAGUGUGGCAGACGGAGUCGUUGGUUGUAGCAACCGGGCGAGUUUCUUGCAUGCCUAGCCCGAUCGUGACAAGAUGUGACACAGGGACAGCGGCAAACACUCGUGGCCCAGCACAACUCAGCAUCGUCAUCAGUCGCUAUAUUGGCACUUUGCACCGAUUUGCAACUUCAAAGGGUUCGACUCGACUGCAACUUGGGUAAACAAUGUUCCCUUUGGCUAUCUCUUCUACCUGUUCCACCCAACAACAACAACAAAGGCCCACACAAAGCCAUCACGCAUGAGUUGCCAAUGUAUGACAACUGUUGAGCGUUAUCCCUCAGCUAAAAUGAGGUCUCGAUCCGUUCCUCCUAGGUUCCCAUCUGGCCCAAGGUGAGAAGCUCGGCAUUCGACCAAUAGACGGGCCACCCUCACCGGCCACAGACUGGCCUGUACCUGUGCCGCGACCAAAAAAUGAAAACAGAACAAGUCCAGCGGCAUCUGCAGGAAAAUGAUGCGCGUGUUGACUUGGAAUCAAGCGCCACUCAAGG